CUAAUUAAAUACUUUCAUAAAAGCCUGUGUAUUCACCCAACAUUUGGAAGGAGAGGCACAUUAGGGGCAACUUGUUUUUACCCAAAUGUUUGCUUUCUGUGGAGGUAGCACUCCUUUGUGAGGCGGGAGAGAGCGAUGGCUCCUGCAGCCACGCAAGCACUGGGGACGGCAAGGCAGGUUCACGGGAAGCCCUCAGAAGCCUUUCAGCCCGAUGCAGCUUUCGAACCAGCCCAUCUCUCAGCGGCUGCGGAGAUCGACAAUUAUUACCCAAUUUGGAAAACGGGUUGGGGUGCAGUGCUGGUGGCGGACAGGAUCCACAGGGAAGUCGGGCUCUGAGAGGCUGCGGUGUGGAUGAGUGUCGAGGUUGGGAAAAACACAAAACCCGGUUCCACGCGGUGCUUUAGUGGCUAAAAGUGAAAGAGCUGCCUUGGCAGAAUCAGCUCUAUGAAUCACUUCGGAAAAUUGGUUCGACUGAAUGGCCUUGGGAGGAAAACGUUUUAAUAGGAUCCAGGGGAGGCUCUGCCGCUUCAAUCUGCUCCUUAAACAGGUGGGGACUGGACCUCCUCAAUUACACCAACACGGGGUGUAAAAGACGACGCUCUCACGCGGAGGGGAGAUGCGUGCCAUGGAAAUGUGACGGACGCUGCAUGGCUCGGGACGCGGCUCCCCGGCGCGGGCGGACAGAGACCUAGAGACGACGGGCUGCGCCCCGCCCCGGCCCGGCCCGCCGGCCCCGCGCCAUGGCCAGCUCGGCCUCCCUGGAGACCGUGGUGGCCCCGGCCUGCGCGCGCGCCGGGGCGUCGCCGGCCACCCCCAAGACGCUGGCCUUCUCCAUCGAGCGCAUCAUGGCCAAGACGUCGGAGCCCCGCGCACCCUUUGAGCCCAGGCCUGGGGCACUGGAGGCGGACGGCAGCCAGAGCAAGAAACUGCUCAACCUGUGCUCGCCGCUCCCCUGCAUGAUCCCCCUGCAGCCCCUGGGCUACGAGGUGCCGUCCAAGACUCUUCUCAGCUACUCGGAGCUCUGGAAGAGCAGCCUCCGGGCGGGCGGCGGCAGCGGCGCCCCCGUGUGCGGCGCCAGCGGCUUGUGCAAAACCAACUGUGGCUUGUGCUGCAAGGCCGAGUUGGGCCUCGCUCCGUCCGCGCUGCCCGCGGGCAGGGUCAUCAAGCCGCAGGUCAUCAACCAGGCGAUGGGGCUGCCGGCCAGCGGCCAGCUCUACUACUUCAACUACCUGGACUCCGCGGCCUACCCGCCCUCCGAGCUCCUGGGCAGUCACCUCUUCCCGUCCGGCCUCCUCAACGCGCAGGCCCCCACGGCCCUGGCCACGCACCCCAAGCUCUUCCUGCUGGACAACGCCAAGCUGGCCGGCCUGGCCGCGGACAAGUUCCCCCACCCGGCUCCCUAUCCGCACAAGGAGCGCCUGCCCGCGCCGCUGGAGCAGGUGCUGAAGGAGAACUCCGGCCUGGCCGCUGAGCGCGGGGCCGCCAAGGGCCACAGCAAGCUGGCCGGGGGCUCUUCGGACGGCAAGCCCAAGAACUUCACCUGCGAGGUGUGCGGCAAGGUGUUUAACGCCCACUAUAACCUCACCCGCCACAUGCCGGUCCACACUGGAGCCAGACCCUUCGUGUGCAAGGUCUGCGGCAAAGGCUUCCGCCAGGCCAGCACGCUGUGCAGGCACAAAAUCAUCCACACCCAGGAGAAGCCGCAUAAGUGCAACCAGUGCGGCAAAGCUUUCAACCGCAGCUCCACGCUCAACACCCACAUCCGCAUCCACGCGGGCUACAAGCCCUUCGUCUGCGAAUUUUGCGGCAAAGGCUUUCACCAGAAAGGGAACUACAAGAACCACAAGCUGACCCACAGCGGCGAGAAGCAGUACAAAUGCACCAUCUGCAACAAGGCCUUCCACCAGGUCUACAACCUGACCUUCCACAUGCACACUCACAACGACAAGAAGCCUUUCACGUGCGCCACUUGCGGCAAAGGCUUUUGCAGAAACUUUGACUUAAAGAAACACGUGCGAAAGCUGCACGACAGCGUGGGCCCCACCGCCGCCUCUGCCAAGGACCUGAGCAGGGCUUCGCAGAGCUGAGAGCUGCUGCCUUGCCCUCCUGCCCUCCGCCGCCCCAGCAGACCUCACGUAUAAACAUUUCUAAAAUUAAAAGGAGAAAAAACUAUAGCAGAGAGGCUAAAAUCUAUUUAUCAAAACCAGCCUAUUUUUGGAAAGUUAAACGUUUCCUCGAUGACUGGCAACACAUGCGUGGCUCCCACCUUUGUAUAUUCGGGAAAUUUAUUUAAGUUCAGUGCGUCGAAUCGUAUUUAAUUCCAGGCCUCGGCUUCUCGAGCAGCCGGUUUCUGACCCCAACCUGUCAGCGCGAGAGCCCCAGAAGGGCCACCUCUGCACCGCCCUGUACCUCUUCACAGGCCGACCCGGAAUACACACACGUGACUCAAUAAACA